UCAACAUCAUUUCACAGAAGCAGUUUCAGAAUACAGACAAGAAGGGAGACGUUAUCUGCGACGAGACACUACCCGUAAAAGCAACGCCUAAGCCGCAAAUUGACAGCUAGUGCAUCUAUUACGGUUUCUUGGUAGAUCUGAGGAUUCCAAAAAAACCCAAAAUGAAGCUGGUGUGGGCUUUAAUGCUGGUGGUCGGCACAGUGUUUGCUGAUGCUGACGACGACCGCAGGGACGCUGUGGGGACAGUGGUGGGAAUUGACCUGGGGACCACUUACUCAUGCGUUGGAGUGUUCAAGAAUGGUCGUGUGGAGAUCAUCGCCAACGACCAGGGUAACCGCAUCACCCCAUCAUAUGUGGCCUUCACCAGUGAGGGUGAACGUCUGAUUGGUGAUGCUGCGAAGAACCAGCUGACCUCUAACCCUGAGAACACUGUUUUUGAUGCCAAGAGAUUGAUUGGUCGCUCAUGGGGUGACUCCUCUGUGCAGCAGGACAUCAAAUACCUGCCAUUCAAGAUUACAGAGAAGAAAAGCAAGCCCCACAUCCAGGUUGAUAUUGGUGGUGGCCAGAUGAAGACAUUUGCUCCCGAGGAGAUCUCUGCUAUGGUGCUGACCAAGAUGAAGGAGACUGCUGAGGCUUACCUGGGCAAAAAGGUCACACAUGCUGUGGUUACUGUCCCUGCAUACUUUAAUGAUGCCCAACGUCAGGCCACCAAGGACGCUGGAACCAUUGCUGGUCUGAAUGUCAUGAGAAUCAUUAAUGAGCCGACUGCUGCUGCUAUUGCCUAUGGUCUGGACAAGAGGGAUGGCGAGAAGAACAUUCUUGUGUUCGACCUCGGUGGUGGCACCUUCGAUGUCUCCCUCCUGACCAUUGACAAUGGUGUGUUUGAAGUGGUGGCCACCAACGGUGACACUCACCUUGGCGGUGAAGACUUUGACCAGCGUGUCAUGGAGCACUUCAUCAAGCUGUACAAGAAGAAGACUGGCAAAGAUGUACGUAAAGAUAACCGUGCUGUGCAGAAACUGCGCCGUGAAGUUGAGAAAGCAAAGAGGGCUCUAUCUGCCCAGCACCAGGCCCGCAUUGAGAUCGAGUCCUUCUUUGAGGGAGAAGACUUCUCCGAGACCCUGACCCGUGCCAAAUUUGAAGAGCUGAACAUGGACCUAUUCCGUUCCACCAUGAAGCCUGUACAGAAGGUGCUGGAAGAUUCUGACUUGAAGAAGCCUGACAUCAAUGAGAUUGUCCUGGUUGGAGGCUCCACCCGUAUCCCCAAAAUUCAGCAGCUGGUGAAGGAGUUCUUCAAUGGCAAAGAGCCCUCUAGGGGAAUCAACCCUGAUGAGGCUGUUGCAUAUGGUGCUGCUGUGCAGGCAGGAGUGCUGUCAGGAGAGGAAGACACUGGUGAUGUGGUUCUUCUGGAUGUUUGCCCCCUGACUCUUGGUAUUGAGACUGUUGGAGGAGUUAUGACCAAACUGAUCCCUAGGAACACUGUUGUGCCCACCAAGAAAUCCCAGAUCUUUUCUACAGCUUCUGAUAACCAGCCCACCGUCACCAUUAAGGUCUAUGAAGGCGAGCGUCCCUUGACCAAAGACAACCACCUACUGGGCACCUUUGAUCUGACAGGUAUCCCUCCUGCACCUCGUGGUGUUCCACAGAUUGAGGUCACCUUUGAAAUUGAUGUCAACGGUAUUCUGCGUGUCACCGCUGAAGACAAAGGCACAGGCAACAAGAACAAGAUCACCAUCACAAAUGACCAGAACCGUCUCACACCCGAGGAUAUUGAGCGCAUGGUGAAUGAUGCAGAGCGCUUUGCUGAUGAAGACAAGAAGCUGAAGGAGAGGAUCGACGCUCGCAAUGAGUUGGAGAGCUACGCCUACUCUCUGAAGAACCAAAUUGGUGACAAGGAGAAGCUUGGUGGCAAGCUCUCAGAUGAAGAUAAGGAAACCAUUGAGAAGGCAGUGGAGGAGAAAAUUGAGUGGAUGGAGUCGCACCAAGAAGCUGACAUGGAAGAUUUCCAGGCCAAGAAGAAGGAGCUUGAGGAGGUGGUUCAGCCCAUCAUCAGCAAGCUUUAUGGUAGCGCAGGUGGACCCCCACCUGAGGGCGCAGAGAGUGAGCAAGAGGAGAAGGAUGAAUUAUAGGCAAGUUUGAAAUCAGCUCUUCAAUUGCCAAUUUCCUCAUCUAGAUGUACAUAUUGGACUGAUGGGACUCAAAAUAGUGAGUGGAGUGAUUGGGAAGGGGUGGCAAUCACAAGCAAACCAUACUGAAUCUUCAGAAAGACUUUUAAGUUUCGGUGUGUGAGAGGUGUUCUCUUCGCAGGAAAGCGGAGAUAUUCAUCAGCCCAAUAUGAGGCUUGCUGCUGCUGUUCUCAGGCAGUCCUAAUGGGGUUCUGUAAUUGGGAGGGGCUUAGUAGGGU